AUGGCGUCCGAGGCAGAGAUUCAGCUCCCUAUUAUCGACAUCUCCAGUGCAACAGCCGAGGUGGGCAAGCAAGUUAUCGAUGCUGCCAGACAGUAUGGCUUCCUCUACAUUGAUACAGCCAGCAGCUGUUUCUCCAAGGAGGAGAUAGAUUCCACCUUCAAAAUGGCACAAGAAUUCUUCGCCUCCCCCAUCGAAGAGAAAAAGGAGGUGGAGAUCAGGUCAGAUAACAUGGGUUGGACAGCCAUGCACAAAGAGACCCUAGACCCUGAACACCAGCAGAGAGGAGAUUUUAAAGAGGCAAUCAACUUCGGCGAGUUCAAAAACAACAAAGCCAACCAACCGCUGCCUAAGUCCCUCGUCCCUCACGAAGAUAAUUUGAACCGCUUCACUUCCCUAUGCCAGAAGACCUGUGCUCGCAUCCUCACCCUUCUGGCUCUGGGUCUAGAUAUACCUGAUAAUUGGUUUUCGUCCCGCCACGACCCAUCCCAUGGCCCGUCGGGCAGCACCCUGCGGUUCCUAUACUACCCCUCGCUCCGAUGCCCAAGCACGCAAUCAUUCCAGCAUGGCGUUGACGUAAGGGCCGGCGCACAUUCAGAUUACGGGAGUAUAACGCUCUUGUUCCAGCGAGAUGGACAGCCUGGGUUAGAGAUUCUUACGCUGGCGGGGACGUGGGCGGGUGUGCCUGUUCGUCCGGCUGGGGUGUCGACUUCGGCUUCGCUUGCGCCGCCGAUACUAGUUAAUAUCGGUGAUUUACUUAGCUAUUGGACACGUGGGGUGUUGAAGUCUACUGUGCAUAGGGUUGUUUUUGCAAAAGGCGAGGAAGAGGAAAGCGAGGGGAGGGAUAGGUAUAGUAUUGUGUAUUUCUGCCAUCCGUGCCAUGAUACGGAGCUGGUUGCUGUGCCUAGUAACAUUGUUGAAGAGGUUGGUAAAGGUAAGGAUACGGGUGAGGGGACGGAGAUGGUCGGAGAGAAGGUGGUUACUGCUGGAGAGCAUUUGGCGAGCAGACUUGCAGCUACGUAUGGUAGGUCGGUGGGAGCAUAUCAUCGUGACUAGGCAGGUAAUAUGAGCAAGCAGGUAGGUAGGCCUGGUCAAAGUGAUUGGUGAUAAUGUAUAUUGUAUAUACGAUCUCAAUUCUCCGGCAUCAACACAGACUACACUACACUAUUGCAUACAUACAAGCUUGACAGAUAAUGACAAGGAAAUAUAAAAUAUGAAAUA